UACUGAUCAUAUAAGAUAAUGUUAAGCUACAAUUUUAUUUUAAAUAAGAACUACACGGUAAAAAUAACUCCCUCCAUCCCAUUUGUAUUAGCCCCUUCAGUGAGAGUAAAUGGGCCAAUAAAAAUGGGACGGAGGGAGUAUGAAAAUGUGAUCAAUUGUAUUAAUAGAAAAAAAAAUUAUAACAAAAAAAAUAUUUGUAUAAUCUAGAGUAGACGAAAUGAAUAAAAAAGAUAGAAAUAAAAAAUUAUUUCUAAAAAUAGUAAGGUGAUUUUUGGCGUAAAAGUAUAACUUAGUAUUUUUAAAAGUGGUUGUGCUUUUAUUUUAUAUACAGUAUAAUAUAGAUUCGACAAUCAUAACAAGGAUUUAUGCCAAAAUUAAAUAAUAAAGUGAUUCUUCAAGAAAAGCAGAGUUGGACCCGUCAAAGCCAAUGAUUUGAAAAAAAUCUUGGAGACUGAUUCUUUUUUAGCCGAUGGGGCAAACCUUAGAAGCUCGAGGUUUUUAUUGGGGAAAAGCAAAGCAAGGAUACUAAAGUAGAUCAGCUAUUACCUUGGUCUCUGAUGAGGAUCAACAUUCACUUUACUGUUGAGGGCCAUCUUUUUCUCAUGUAUAUAUACGGUUCCCCUCUCGUACGCGAUUCUCAUCCUCAUUCUCGUUCUUGGCAUCCCAUUCUUGAUGGAGACUACAGAACUCAAGGUGGAGAUGGUCAGCAUCCAUGAGAAGAAACUGCGGAAAUGCCUAUCCAAGUUGAGAGGAAUUGAAAAAGUAGAAGUAGACGGCAACAGUGAGAAGGUGGCGGUGAUGGGGUAUGCACACAGAAACAAGAUACUCAAAGCAGUAAGAAGGGCUGGUCUCAAAGCAGAUUUCUGGUCUGCCCAAAACGAGCUGCUCAACGCGUAUGCAACUUCUAGUUUACAAAACAUGAGAUUCAACAACUUCUUCUACUUCUAGUUCUAUUCUUUUCACGAUUAUUUUUGUCUAGUUAUACACCAGCAACUUUCACCAAAUGGCAAAUGGUGCGUAUAUCUUCCCUUUUUGGGCUGUUGGCCUAAAGCAUUUCUACGGAUCGUAUAGACAUGACUGGGAAGAUCCAACAAGAAAGGUAUAAGAGGUAAGUUCCAUACUGCCUGAACCAAACAAAGGCAUGAAGAGAAAGCAAAAA